AUGCGACAUUCCAUUCUUCCACUCGUUCUCUCUUCUUUUCUCACAGCGAGGGCUGUUGGUCAUAUCCUUGACGACUUUGAGGAUCCACCUCUGGAAUACAGGCCAAAAUUCCGAUACUGGCUUCCUGAUGCUGAGGUUGACAUCGAUUCUGUCAAGAAAGAUGUUGGCCAAAUCGCUGCGGUCGGCAGUGGCGGUUUGGAGUUCCUUCCAUAUUACCAAUUCGGUGCCCCAUCGACCAACUGGUCAGAGUAUGGAUUUGGAUCCGAAGCUUCUCGUACCGUCAUGAGAGCCGCCAUGAGCGCCGCCGAUGAGCUGGGAAUCUUCUUCGAUUUUGCCGUUGGUGCAAACCAAGGACAGGGUGUCCCGGCCGAGGCUGGCAGUGUGGGCUUGGCCUUGGAACUGGCAUAUGUCAACAUUACUAUCAAUCAUGGACAACACUUCAACGGGACGUUGCCGCUUUCAACGCAGCCGAGCGACGCGAAUUUGGAGUACUUCAUGCAUCCCCUACAGGAGUUUGGUCAACAGAACUUGACAACAGUCAUAGCAGUAGAAGUCGUAACGAACUCUACUUCAAGUCCUCACGUGGUCGAUGUUGGUCGUAUCAUUGACCUGUCAGAGGAAGUAGACUUGACAUCGAGGCAUCUAGACUGGCAACCCCCGAAGGACUCUUUGUCACAGUGGCGGAUCAUGGCAUGGUAUCAGAGAUACACGAACCAAAGAUCCAUUAAUGGAGGACCAGACGCUGUCAACUUCGUCCAAAAUGGAUCGUGGAUCAUUGAUUGGUUCAGCCCCGCAGGCGCUGAGCGUCUGACGAAGUUUUUCGACGAAUACCUCGUCCCGGAGCAACAAGACCAGGAGCUGUUGUCUAAGGUUGGACAGAAUGCAUGGCAAGACAGUAUGGAAAUGAACUCUGCACUUUGGUGGACACACGGAUUCUUCGAACAAUUUCGCACCGACCGAGGAUACAACAUCCGCAAAUGCCUGCCUCUUCUCAUCCGGACCGACACUUUCUGGGCGUCUCAAACUAUUCCCUACGGAGAGACCUUUGAAUCGCAAAACAGCACUUAUGGUGAUCGCUGCAACGACGAUUACCGGAUUGUUUUGCAGAAAGGGUAUAAGAAGUACAUGGGAUACAUGAGUGAAUGGGCCCACUCCAAAGUACCCGUAUGCCAUAUUAAUACUCUGAUACUUACUGUUACGCUGCUUGAUUCUGUCGGUCUGAUCGACACACCUGAGGGAGAGUCUUUGGGUUUCAACGAUGACCCCGAUCUCUUCCGCUACAUGGCAGGCCCCGCACAUAUGGCCGGGAACUCUAUCAUAUCUUCAGAAUGUGGUGCCAAGAAGACGGCUGGUUAUACUCAAAGCAUACAAGACCUGCUCUGGCAUGUGCGACGUGGCAUGGCGACUGGCAUCACCAUGAAUGUCUUCCAUGGAUAUGCGUACUCAGGACCCGCUUUCAACACAACAUGGCCUGGUUACACGGUCUUUGCCUACACAAUCACCGAUAUGUGGGGGCCGUGUAUGCCGGCCUGGACGCACAUGAACGACACCAUCGCGUACGUCUCCAGGAACCAACUCCUUGGUCAAACAGGCACACCUCAAGUCGACAUCGCUUUCUACAUGCAUGAGGCGUCCUUUUCAGGAACUGCUUAUCAAAGCAACAACCUGGAGCAUCUCGGUUUCACAUACGACUUCCUUGGCCCUCGAAGCAUUAGCGACAGCAAUGCGACAAUCGACAGCAGCUCGCUUACUCUCGGAGGGCCUUCUUACAAAGCACUAGUUUUCGCCAACCAGACGAAGUUGACGGUCGAGGUGGCAGAGCAAAUGAAGCUUUUUGCAGAAGCCGGAUUCCCAGUCUUUGUGAUUGGCCGAACAGAUUUCCACAGCGCGGGCAUGAAAGGCAACGAGUCAGCCGUCGUGUCGCGUAUUAUGGAGAAUGUUCUGGCAACACACAAGAACGUAAUAGUUUUGUCUUCUGCCAAACAACUCCCGAAUGCCCUGGUCGCCAAGAAGAUACGCCCAAGGACCUUGAUUCGUCAUCCGAGCGAGAAGUCGAGGUGGUACUCGUUCAGGAGGAACACGCCUAAUAACGAGAUCGUCUUUCUCUACAACGACGGGGUUAACACAGAGACUAUUGAUGUUAAGUUUGAGGGUGUGGCUGAAGCAGUACCUUACGUCCUCAACGCGUGGACCGGUGCUGCCACUCCAUUGGUGCAGUACACUACCAAAGCCGACAGAAUCAUAGCUGCGAUUACACUCGACGCCAACCAGACAAUGUCUAUCGCUUUUACCAGGAAGACCGAGGGUACCACGAACGUAUCGGGUCUACCGCAGCCACCACGUCAUGUGGUACGUUCAGCAUUGGGCCAUGUCGAGGGCUUUUUACAUUCGGAUUGCGGUGGCAAUUGCAGCGAGAUCCAUGCCUAUCUCUCUCGCGGUCACUCCAAGAUAACCCUCUCGAACGCCCGGACCUACAAAUUCGACGCCGCCCCUCCUGUCGCAACACCAUUAAAGUUUUGGAACAUUACUAUCCAUGAUUGGCAAAGCGACGAUGACCAGUACAGCAUCAAGACCAAGAUCACGCGCCACGAGUUUCCUGAGAGUCCGUUGCUUCCAUGGAAGGACCUGAACGCUACUCUCCUCGAAGACGUGAGUGGUACAGCAGACUACAUCACCGAAUUUGCCACCCCAACGAUGGAAACCAACCAGGCAUUGGGAGCUCGCUUACACCUCGGUGCUAUCAAGGAUUCCGUACGUCUUUGGGUGAACGGAGCCAGGGUGUUUGUAGACCCGACGAGUGCUGCGGAUAUUGUUGUUGACAUCACAAACUACCUCAGCCCGUCAGGCAUGCCAAACGUGGUUUUUGCGGAGGUAGCGUCGAACCUUUACAACCGGGUUCGGGCCGACAGUAAAUCUAUUGAGUCUCUCGGCAUUAGCGCAUCCUUCACCGCUGGAACCUAUUAUCAAGCGAACCCUCCUUAG